CAGAAGACCUCGGUGAGCACACAGCGCAAUCCAUGGAUGUGAAUGACGCCGCGGUAGUCUCGCCAGCCGCUAACCGCUUUGGAUGGCCAUACCAAAAAUCUGGGGACCGCUGCAUGUGCAAAUACAUGCCACCACCCUUCACUACCCAGCGAGACGACUUCCCCUCAUGAUACCAUAGUAACCGACGCCCCGAACCUCCGACCCUUGACUUUGCGUGCGCCUUCCUCAACGCACGUUGCCACCAAUCGCCACGCGCCUUCUCUGCCUCGAUGCCACUGCAAGAAGCCUCCAGACCUCGAAGUAUCCGAGACGACACAACCCAGCCGCUGCAACCACUACCACCUUCGUCGCGAGAGCUGGGAGAAGUCACCCCUCCAAAACAGCCAGAUGGGACACCGGUAGCCAAACAACAUGUCAAGUCUGGAAAGUCGUGGGCGCAUUUUGUCGCCGGAGGCCUGGGUGGAAUGGCCUCAGCAACCUUGACAGCCCCGCUCGAUGUCCUCAAGACUCGGCUGCAAUCCACCUUCUACCAGCAGCAUCUCGCCGCAAUGCGCACCGCCCGCGGCCUGCCCCCCAUCGAGACCAUGUCCUUCGGCCGCAGUUCGCUACUGCACAUCCGAGAAACUGGAGAGAUACUAUGGCAGGUCCCAAAGGCGGAGGGGUGGCGAGCACUCUUCAAAGGACUGGGACCAAACCUCAUCGGAGUAGUCCCCGCACGCGCAAUCAACUUCUUUGCAUACGGAAACGGCAAGCGUCUGAUCAGCACACAUUUCAACAACGGUCAAGAGGCAGCAUGGGUACAUCUGUGUAGUGCUGCAGCAGCUGGUAUCGUGACUGGAACUGCUACGAAUCCCAUCUGGCUGGUCAAGACACGACUGCAACUGGACAAAAACACACACUCAGAUGGCCGCGGGCGGCAAUACAAGAAUGCAUUCGACUGCACCAUGCAGACCAUACGGAAGGAGGGUGUCCGUGGCUUAUACCGGGGAUUGACUGCAAGCUACCUGGGUGUUACCGAGAGCACAUUACAAUGGAUGCUAUACGAGCAAAUGAAGCUGUCAUUGGCACGGAGAGAAGAGCGCGUUGUUGCUAGCGGCAAACCGCCAACCGUGUGGGACCAGACUGUAGCAUGGACUGGCAAGCUGACUGCCGCCGGAUCUGCCAAAUUUGUCGCCGCGCUCAUCACAUAUCCGCAUGAGGUUGUUCGAACGCGCCUGCGGGAAGCACCAAUGGAGGAUGGCCGACAGAAGUACACUGGCCUCGUUCAGUGUUUCCGACUAAUAUGGAAGGAAGAGGGCAUGGCAGCACUCUACGGCGGUCUGGUUCCUCAUAUGUUCCGCGUAGUACCUAGUGCCGCCAUCAUGUUCGGAACAUAUGAAGGUGUGCUCAAGCUUCUCGGAGAGAGCAGUAACAUGUGAUUGCCAACGUCGGUAUAGAGGUAUAAACAUGUAUAGGACUGGAUGCAUAGAAACGGCGUUUUGAAAAGUUGGGAUUUUGCGACGCAUACAUGGCGUCUUGUAUCACCACUCUGCUCCUGUCGAGCAUGUACUUGUAUAAUGUUAGGAAAGGUGAAAGAAUAUAUGACGACAUGAGAUUUGUGCAUACAGCUUUUCGUGAAAGCUUCAUGCCAGUAGUAACGGAAUUUAGCUUUCCCCUGACCAGAAAAGCAACCAGUCUUCUUUGUAUU